UCCCGGCGUGCGCCGCUCUCCGUGGGGCGGGCCCGGGCGGGGGCGUGUCACCGGGCGGAGGGCGGCCGGCGGCCGGGGCGGGCGGCCCGUCAGUCCUUCACCCGCGGCGGCCAUGCCCGAAGGCCCGGAGCUGCACCUGGCCGGGCGGUACAUCAACGAGGCGUGCGGCGGCGUGGUGUUCUCGGGCGGCGUGGAGCGCUCUGCGGUGGGCAGGGGCCCGGAGGUGCCCUUCUCCAGCGAGGCGUACCGCAUCUCGGCCGCCUCCCGCGGCAAGGAGCUGCGGCUGACGCUGGCCCCGCUGGACGCGGGCGCGCCCCUGUUCCUCGUGUUCCGCUUCGGCAUGUCGGGGUCGUUCCGGCUGUGCGGCGCCGGAGAGCUGCCGCGCCACGCGCACCUGCGCUUCCUCACGCGGGAGAGCCCCCCGCGCGCCCUGUGCUUCGUGGACGCGCGGCGCUUCGGCUCGUGGCGGCUGGGGCACGGCUGGCAGCCGGGCCGCGGGCCCUGCGUCCUCUCCGAGUACCCGGCCUUCAGGGACAAUGUUCUGAAGAACCUGGAUGACAAGGCUUUUGACAAGCCCAUCUGCGAGGCCCUCUUAAACCAGAAGUUUUUCAAUGGAAUUGGGAAUUACCUCCGUGCUGAGAUCCUGUACAGGUUGAAGAUCCCUCCCUUUGAAAAGGCUCGGACUGUGCUGGAGGCCCUCAAGGAGCAGGAGCAGGCGAGGAAGAAGAAUCCUUCCCUGACGCUGAGCAAGAAGCUGAAGCUGAAGCAGGAGAACCCAGAUCUCCUGAAGCUGUGCCACACCGUGCCCAUGGAGGUCAUCGCGGCGGAGAAGAAGCUAUUAGAGCCAGAUCACUCGGAUAACUACGCAGCUUUCAAGAGCUGGCUGCAGUGUUACCUGGUGCCAGGCAUGAGCUCCUUGCGUGACCACAACGGCAGGACUGUCUGGUUCCAGGGAGAGCCGGGCCCCAUGGCUCCCAAAGGGCAGACAUCCCCCAAGAAGCAUGCUCAGCUGAAGGCAGAGGCCAAGGUUCUGACCCCUAAGGUCACCACUCGUGUGUCCAAACAGCAUCCGAGGGCUGCAGCGAAACCUCUGAAGCGGGCUGAGGAAGAGGAGGAGGCAGCUGAUGGACCAAGGAAGGGCCGUGUUGGCAGGAAGAGGAAAGUGGCCACUGCUCCAGCCUCAUCCAAGCCUGAGGCACCACUCAGGGACAGAAGAAGCCCCAGGCUCGCUGCACGCAGGGGCAGAGGUGCAGCCCCUGAUGUGUGAGGCCGCAGGCCGCCCUCCUCCCAUGGGCACUGGAGCGGCUGCAGCAGCUCAGAGAGGACCUCGGGGGUGGUGCUGAGGGAAAGGGGGUUGCUCUGUGCACGUGCUCACAGCUACUUUCUACUGCUGUAUCCUGCCCCUGUGGGAAGGAGAAACGGCUUGGUGAUGGGGCUGAUUUAUCCAGCAUGCUCCCGCUGGCCCUUAGGCAUCUGAGGGGUGAUAAGGGCAAUGAACCACAUGCUGUGCUGGACUCCAAACUUUUGCCUAAAAGUGGGUUCCCUCUUCCCUUUCUGGCUCCUGCUUGGAUCACUGUUUUUAGAUGACUAAUAAAGUAUUUUGUGUAGAAA